UUCUUAUAUCAUUUCACCCAUACAUUUAUAUCUUCCGAGUUCCGACUUCCAUCAUUGUUUCCGCAAGAUAGAAAUUAUCUUCUCUAGUCAAGGCACAGGCGAAGAAUUAAUUACUAAUCAUGUUAUCCAGAUUAGCUCUUCGUUCAGAACUAUUCCGAGUAACACCACUGUGUGCUAGUGUCGUUCGCACCACACAAACCAAACCGGCAGUCGCUACUACUAAUGAAUCAAUCAUUGUACCAGGGUUCCCAAAACCCAAUGGCCAACCUCAACCUAAUCCAUUUGACGGACCCGAACGUGAUCUUGUGAAUUUUCCCAGAUUGGUGAGGUUAGAAGAACCUGCUAAAACUAGGUAUUUGUUUGUACCUGAAGAGUGGUUUGAAGUAUUUUACAAAAAAACUGGAGUUACUGGUCCAUAUAUUUUUGCUGCUGGUGUCACAACUUAUUUAUUAAGUAAAGAAAUUUGGGUAGUUGAACAUGAGUUCCCUUAUGUAUUGGCUACUAUUGGUUUGUUUUAUGUCGGAUGGAAAAAAUUUGGAUCUUCUUUAGCUGAUUUCCUUGAUAAAGAAAUUGAUGAAUACGAAACAUCUUGUAAUGCUAGUCGUAAAAGUGAAAUUGAUGGCUUAAAAAAAUGCAUUGAACACCAAAACCAAGAAGUAUGGAGAACUGAAGCUCAAAAACAUGUAAUUCAAGCAAAACGAGAGAAUGUAGCUAUUCAGUUAGAAGCUAUUUAUCGAGAGCGAGCUCUACAAGCCUACAACCAAGUAAAAAGGCGUUUGGAUUAUCAAUUGGAUUUGGCUAACUUGACACGUUCUGUACAACAAAGACACAUGGUUAAUUGGAUCAUUGAAAAUGUUCUUAAAUCAUUAACACAUGAACAAGAAAAACAAAGUUUUAAAAAAUGCAUGGUUGAUUUACAAGCAUUAGCUACAAAAGCAUAAAUGUAACAUAUACCUAAUAACGUCCCCUACCAACUGUUUCAAAGUCUGAUAUCUGGGUCUGCACCUAGAUCACCGAUUAACCUGAGUAUCCCACAGUGUCAGUGGAUAUUUUAACUAAUAUACGGGGCGACAAGAAUGUCGCCUAGAAAAAGCUUUUUGUCGCCUAGUAGACCACAUAUUUAAUUACUGGGUGACAACAAUUUUUUGUAAAAAUGACGAUGUUUAAAAUUAUUAUAUAAUUAUUUCU